UAUUUAUGAGUCAAAAUGAUUAAUGUUUCAGAGCAUGGGGCUUUGAUGUGCAAGUUACCAGUGCUGAUCUGAAAAACACAUAUACAUUCCGUAUGUGUAUUGACUGAUAGCUCCCACAGCUAUACCAGCCAGCACACCCACGCUCUAUUAAGCUGCAGGUAAACCCACGCUUGUACUGAACGUAAAUAUUUCACCGCGGCUGCACAGCUGGCUAUACACACACUUUCUAUUUAACCAGCUUCAAGGCUGCUGAGAUGAGCAUUCACAUUGCACUCAGAUGUGUGGACCUCUGUGCGCUGUAUUUGAUUUUACGCCUCGCUAGCACCGUGGCUCUAUGGCAAUGUCCACCACUUUGGGCCAGACUGAAAUUUCUUCACAAAUAUUGGAUGAAUUGCCUUGACAUGAUGUACAUUCAUGAUCCCCAGAGGAUUGUGUGAUCCUAUGACGUUUCCUCUAGCGCCACCCUUAGCUUGGUAUAUGUGAUUCAGAGUGAAAUAUAUCAACGACUAUUGAAUGGAUUGCCAUGACAUUUUGUGCAGACAUUCAUGGUCCCCAGAGGAUUGUGUGAUCCCCUGGCAUUUCCCAGGGUGCCACCAUGAUUUUGCUGUAUGUGGUUCAGAGUGAAUUAUGUCAAUAACUGCUGAAUGGAUUGCCGUGAAAUUUGCUGCAAAUAUUCAUGGUCCCUAGAGGAUCAAUACUAAUUACUUUGUGAUCCCAUGUGCAUUUUCCUAUAACCUAUUCAUUCAAUACUACAGACAUAGUGGACAUCUUUCUUCUGUUCCUAUCACACCAGUGGUGUGGCUCUAGGAAUGGCAAUGUUGCUCAUUCGGUCCACCACUUUGGUCCAGACUGAAAUAGCUCAACAACAAUUGGAUGGAUUGCCAUGAAAUAUGUAAAUAAAUUGACCUCACUUGAAAAAUUUUGCAAAUAUUCAUGGUCCCCAUUUAGCUCCAUCAUCUCAACAUCUAGUGAAUGGAUUGGCACAACAUUUUGUGCGUACAUUUCUGAUUACCCAGUGAUGAAUCCUAAUGAAUUUGGUGAUCCCUUAACUUGUUCUCUAGCGCCACCAUCAGGUCAAAACUUAAAUUUGUCAAAAACUAAAUAUAGUCAGAGACCUGCAAGUAUAGCUUGGGCUACACAACAAUUGACCUCUGACAGAUGCUGCCAUACGCUGCUCUGGGUCAAUAGGAUCCUGGUAGUAAGUCUGCAAGAAUCAUUUCAAUACCUUUACUGAAAAAGUGUUGCAAUCGUUGCAAAUUCCUACUGCUGCCGGUAUGGAUGGUUUUGAUGCGAAAUAUUCACAGGCGAGUAUUUAGCAUUUUUUUUUUGUUUAUUUGUCACAUCCCCGGUGUGUAAAUGCAUCAGCAUGUUAGCUGAUUUCGCUCAACACACCAGCCUUGUUUAAGAGUUUGUGCAAUGAUGGAGAUGCCUUGGUAUUCAUUGGGGUAUUAUUGUGACAAAAUCAAUUUACCCACAUUAGCAGUGAGUUACAAAUAAUGAGUGGUUUUGAAACUAGGAGCCCCCUUUGUGGGGGAAUAAAGCUACUGCAGGGAGGAUGCCCCGGGGGGAAGAACGUUGACUGGACCUAAAUUUGCAUGAUUAUGAACCAUGUGGUGACAUAAACAAACAAAAAUGCUCUGAUGCUAGCAAGGCUGUCUUGCUAACCUGAAUCUUUUGUUUAUUUUAAUCAAAUUCAACUCGGCUCUUUUCCCACGAUAGGGUUAAUGAUUGACGGAAAUAAAACCGCUUUUGCUGGCGAGGUGGUUCACCGUUUUUACGGCUUCUGAAGGACAGCAUUACAAGAAAAGAGAGCCAGUGAGUUAGCUGAUGGAUUACCCGACCAGUAUACUGUAAAGUGAGAGCCUUCUGUGUACAUAAAGAGUGAUUUGUCUCUUUGUCCUUGUGUGUCAUUGCACCUUGUCGUUACCACAUACUUCAUCAUGUGUGUCAGACAGAGCAGUGUUAAUAUUUAAUCUGCUUUCUGCAUCCUCAUAUAUUUUUGUUUUGACACCCUUAUCUCUUAAAGCCAUUACUGUAAAGGCAUUUGUCAGUUUCCAAAAUGCUUUAUCUCAGAGUUCAGUCGUUGGCACUCUUUAACUCUAUGAGUGUUGUUGCUCAUUGGAACCAUCCAGUUCCUCUUAUAUUUCUGACAAACAGCCCUGCUGUUGCCUCUGGCAGUCAAAUGUAAGUUCCUGUUGCGGGAGGAUUUUACAACAGCCGCUGUAAGCGUUGCGGCUCUCGUGUAGGUUCAAUCACGGUGUGAAUCAGAGUGAAACAAGACUAUAUAUUUACUGACAUGUAUAUCUUUUGACUCCGCUAACCGCUUCAUUCUAAAAUGUUUGUUGCAAACAAUUAGACAACCCUUUUGAUAUUAACUGCCAUUUUUAAAUGUUCUUGUUAAUCAGUUUGCAAUAUCAAGAUAAUAAGUAAUGUUGAAAUCAUCAAGGCAAGGCAAGUUUAUUUGUAUAGCACAUUUCCACAACAAGGCAAUUCAAAGUACUUCACAUAAAACCAUUAAAAACAUCAAAACAUAAUUUAAUAGUUUUAACAAUUUAACAUAACAUUAACCCUACCAACCUUCCACAUCUGGUUCAUCUGCAAUAAACUUAAAUAAUCCUGCAAAUAAGACAACAAGUACUAGCCAAUCAGCAGACUAGGGCGGGUUUUAGCUGGCGGGGGAAAAAAAUCAAUCAAACUACCAUAAAUAGCAGGCCGCACAACCGCCAAUGGCUGUGAAAGAGGUAAUUAGGCAUGCGGAUGAGAGGGCACUUCAACAUUUUAAAAAAAACACUCUAGCACACUUAUUGCUAUAGUGUGCCAUUUGCUGUUUUUACAUUAUUGGAAGGGGGAAAAGUUUGUCUUUUAAAUCACCGCAGACCGUUCGGUGCCCCCGUACUGGGGGCACCGAAUGACAUCCAGCGAGUGUGCUGCUGCUGCUGCUGAGCUUCGCCUUUGGCUUCCUUUGCAUAUUUCAUACGGUGUUUAUACAGUAGAUGGAGCAAAGGUCAUCGCGAUCCUCGACAACAUAGGCACAAGUGAGUCGGCAACACAGAUCUAAGCUGCUAUCAUAUACAACACCACAUUCCACUUACAAGGUCUCUUCGUUUAGCAGUAACAAUGAGUGACGAGGGAAAAAUAGUUCUGUCUGAGCGGGUGGGUGUCGUCGCUACAGUGUGGACAGGAACGGCAGUCAGCCGGCACAGCGUACAUAGAUAAAGGUGUUCUCCAUCUCUUUGAUGCCGCGUUCGCUCACACAUGUAGACGGGUUAAAAGAGAAAUGUAGUGGAUCAAAAGAGCUGUCAGCCUCCAUCUUUGUGACGGUGCCCAUGCGUGGCUGGAAGUCACACUCAAAGUAAAGGACGGCACACGUGUUUGGCAAGAUAUAUCACACGGCAGCUUUGUUGUUGGGAUCAAAUAUGUGCAGCGGCGUGCGGAAAUACAAGUGAUAUUUGCUUUGUAAAACGUAUGCAGGCUAUAGUUAAAAAGAGAGAGAAUACAAUGUAAUGUUCAAAAGAAAAUUAGGUGUUAAUGUAUAUCCUACUGGAUUUUGGUAGAGUCCCCCUUGCAGUGGGGAAUAGAGGAAACACAGCCUUAAAGGAGAACAACAAAACCUUAAACCAGGAUGUUCCACUCGUGGUUUUGGAACGUUCAGCGUAGAUUUGUGAACAUGUGGAAAGAAAAGUCUCUCACAUAACGACAGUCGUGAAAACUAUGCACAGCUGCCGUGUGAACGCACCAAAGCUAAUUUUGUGGGCAUGUUGCCGCGGAGCUGCUCUCUCUAUUGUGAAAUGAAGCUCAUUCAGAAGGAAGGCUUUAACGAACGCUCCACGCGUCAACACCUCCACAUGCCAAUUUGCCGGAACAAGACAGCCACGUGUGAACAAGAAGUCGUCAUCUAUGUUUCCGUUUUUGGAUGAGGCUGAGAUUUCGCACUGUCAGAACAGUGUCAGAACAGGGCUGCACAAUGUGUGAACUUGGCAGGUUGUGUGCUUUAAACUCGGUGCUGCUGUACCCAGAGCGUUUUUAUUGUUUUAGGCCUUAGGCCAGCUUACCCAACAUCCGCAGAGACGUCUGUCAGCAAAGACUUAAAGGACAUAGAAUUAUCCAAGGUUAUCCAAGUAUACAAGGUUCCUUUAUUGUCAUGGUACGUUAGGGUUGCGCAGAAACAUGCAGUUUAUAGUCCUAUUUUGUUACAUAAGAAAAACACAAAAAUAUAUAUAAUAUGGUGGAGGGUGGAGAUAUAUGCUAAUCAUAUGGAGGAUAUUGCAGUAGGUUGUUUUAGGUAACAUGAUUUAAAGCUGCUACGUGUAGAAUUUUUAUGGGAUUAUUGUAUCUUUGAAAUGAAGUUGAUGGCAUCAUUUUGGACAAAAGACACAAUCCUGGCAAUCUAAAUCUAACUAUUUUGCCAUACUGGUAGCAUAGCCCUAGGGAUCAUUUAGCGUGUGUACACGACACACCGACUUGCAUGGCAUGGCACCAUAGUGUUCGUGCUUUAAUGGAGUUCGUGUCACAUGCAAAACUAAAAGUAAGGUCGACAUUUUGUCACGUCAGAGUUAGUAACGUGAGUCAUUGGUGUCAUUAGUCAUGUGACUGAGUCACUAGUCAUUUGAAUUUUUAGUCAAGUUAACAUCAACCACGCUCUUUUCCUAUACCCAACCCAAAAGUGUUUUUGUUGCCAAAACCUAACUUCAUGUGAAGAUGGGAAGUUUAUUUUGAAAAGUUACUACGCAUGCAACGAGCGUAUAUUGCCAAGCUGUGCUUACGCAUACUGACCAAGCUGCAUUAUUUCAAUGAAGAAUGUGUUCAAUUUUGAAUCAAGAUUCAUGGUCCCCACAGGAUGACUCCUAUCCUAAGAUCCUGACUGUUUAUCCAGCUCCAGUCAAGUCAAAUUUGUAAUUUGUAAAUUACUUUGGUUUUGAAAUAUCUGCAAACUAUUUCCAGGCUCAGCUGUACUUUGUGUCAACUGCUAACUAGCACACGAUAGCAUGUUGACAGACUAAACUUGGCAUGUUGAACACAAUGAACAUACCCGCUAUAAAACAGUAUGUUAGCGUUGUUAGAGCAUGCUAACAUAAGGUGAGCCUCACAGAGCUGCUAGCUUAACUGUAGAUUCGAAGUCCUGCUAAUACGACCACCAGGUGGUGCUAAUGUCAGAUAUCCAAAUAUUUCACAUUUGGUGGCUUUCAAGAAAAUAGCAAACAAUUUCUAUCAGGACCAACAAAGCACUGAUUUAAAUAAUCUUCAGCUCAAACGUUGGCACUCACACACAUUGCUAUAUUCACACAUCACUGCAAGCAACAAAUCGAGCUUGAAAAAGAUUGGACCGUGGGGAGCGUAGUUUUCGUUGACAAAUGCAAAUUUGACUGUAUGCACGUUUUAAAAACGUGUAAAAACUUAAGAUGUCAUUGAGCGCUGCUUUGAGGCAGGGUUCCUGGUCCAGAAAGGAGCGGCUGCAGCUUGUAGAGCUGUUGUGUCUCAUUUGAACAAGCACAGACACUCCUAUAAAUAAUUCAAUGUAGGAGCGGUGUCUGAGUAUCCACCAGGGCGGACUGUUUGAUAUUUCAUUCGGUGUCAAAAGGCUAAGUCUGAUUUUAUACCGAUAUUCUCCUGUUAGCCAGUGGGAUGAUCAAGUGUGUAUCUGCGGGUCCAAGGUUCAGUUCUUUGAAGGAGGUAAAGCCUUUCAUAUUAAGUGAUCUCACUCUCUGAUUUACAAAUGAUUAAAUCACAAGCUCUGCUUAAAGGGCUUUCAUUCGUUCCUCAAGGUAAUACGUCCUGUUGUUGCUCCCGUGUUUCCACAUUCAAACACCGAGGCAGCGUGAGCUGCAUUAUCAAGUCACAAACAGCUUUGAGAAACUGCUAUUUAAUUAACUGUAGGCACCUUCACUGUGCACCAUCACACUUGCUCCACAUGAGACUCUGUGGAUAAAGGGCCCAACCAUACAUUAUUCAAAUACGGCUAAAUACGGCUAAAUUAGCCGUAUUUGACUCACGCCUCGUACAUUAGCCUCUUAUCAGAAGCCACUGUUCUGUUUGCUCAUUUUUGAACGCCUUACACACACAGUCGACGCGACAAUAUCCGAAACUUUCACAAAACACAUGUCACAGGAUCGUCAUCGCGUCACGACAAAUACGAGGCAGAGAAGAGACAUGGGCGAGUAACGACCCAGAGCGAUGAAUUAUGAAUGAGGAGGGGAAUACAUAAUUUAGCAGGAUUUUGUUGCAUAUUUUAUGGUAAUCAUUUCCUUUCAUUUGCGAAUCACAAUUGCCCCACUGCGGAGCAGACAUUAAACAAAUCACAAAACUCCCGAUGCAGCGGGGAGGCCGGAUAAACUUUUUCUCAGUGCUUGAUGUUUUUUAAAACUGUGUAAUGUGGUGGUGUGUGUUUUCAGCCACAGGAGCAAGCACUUCACUUGAAGGUCAGCAGCUUUAAUCCACUAAAUGGAAACUAGGCAACAACGUGCAAUAAGCUUCUUUUUAUCAUUUUGCUUUAAUUCUUUUGGAGAUUGUGUCGUCAGUUCUGUGAACUUUCACGGCUUGUUCAAUUGUUUGUAAGUCGGUGUUAAAGAGCCACACACAGCACACCGAUGAAGAAUAUUUGAUUUUAAUCUACCAUCCUUGAGUGUCAUGAUGUCUUUGAGCCGUCGCUGCAGUUUCUAACCAACAACACUGACUAUCAUAAGAUUGACAUGCUUCUAUGUGUUGUGUAUGCAAUGUGUGUCACCAUGUCUGACCCUGCAGCUCCCAUGCUGUGCGUACGCGGUAUGUACCAACAACGUGGUUCCUCUUGCUCUUUGGUUCAGCUUAAAAGCCAAGCUGUGCCGAUGGAUUGGCCCUAAGUGAGGUGCUGCCAUCUCCUGUUGGCCAAGAGGCGAUGCAUGACCACCCUGAGUGUUUUUGUGUUGCAGCCUUCAUGCACCGACGUGCUCUAAAUGCAUGUGUUUGGUGACAAGAGCCUGUCCGACAGUGACAUGAACAAGUUCAGUUUCAUCCACCAACCGCAGCUUCAGAAGAUCGUCCAAGACAUCAAGAAGAAUGACGGCAGCUUGCUGAACAAGCUGAGGAGACUGAAGAGCAAACCGCUUCCGAAAGUGCCUGCGAGAGAUUACAGAGAUGACAGGGAAGAGGAUGAACUGUCUGAUCCGGAUUACGAUAACGACAUGUAUGAGGAUCCACAUGAGGACCAGGACGACAGCUACGAGCCUCCUCCCAGCCACAGAGCCUUCACCGCGACUCCCUCUGCUUCCUUUGCGAGGGGGGAAUAUCUCGGCGACGACCGCCGCAACCGGCCCAGCCGGCCGCCCAGGAAGCCCCUCCGCCCGGGCAAAGACUCCAAACAGCUGCCCCCCGAACCCACCCAGCAGGGGAGCGAUGAGGAGGACUACAUCGAUCCCGACUGCAGCAACGAUGACAACUACGUGGAGCCCGCAGGGAAUCCAUCCUCCAAUCCUGUGAUGCAUGGUGGGGGCAGAGCAGGGAGGGACCGUCCCAUGUUGCACACACCUUUACCAGAGCGUCCGCCCAGUCCUGACUUUUAUGAAGUUCCUGACAAAGAGGGAAACUCAUUAUCUCUUCCAGCAAGCAGACCGCGUCCGAUCCCCACAACACAGUCGCAUUCUUUACCACCGAGGCCCAGCCCCAGAGGGGAUACGAGGAGAUCUCCCGUUGCCGUCCAGGAGCCAGCAGCAGCAGCAGACGACGACGACGAAUACGAAGUCUGCGAUCCAGGUUCCAGUGAUAAACCUGCAGGCGGCCCUUCUCUACCAAAACCUUUGCCCAGAGAAAGGUCACCAAAACCACCGAGGGCAGAAUUUAAACCUAGGGAAUUUGAAAGCCGAACGCUGCCUGCGAUGCCAACCAACCAGAAGCCCCCGCCAAAGUCUUUUACGCUGGAAAUGAAACGGCCAAAGAUUCCUGUUCCACAGUUGACCCCCCACAAGCUGGCCGACAGACGAAGUGUCCCUGCUGAGAAUGGGUUGACAGACCAAGACAAGGACGCAGACAUCUAUAAGAAACCCUGGUAUGCCGGCGCGUGCAGCCGCAAGACUGCUGACGACGUCUUGUGUCGCUCAAACAAGGGCGGGGCGUUCAUGGUGAGGAAGAGCUCCGGUCAGGACGCACAGCAGCCCUACACGCUGGUGGUGUUUUACAACGGCCGAGUGUACAACAUCCCCAUCCGCUUCAUAGCGACGACGCAGCAGUACGCUCUGGGGCGAGAGAAGAAAGGGGAGGAGCAUUUCAGCAGCGUCUCCCACAUCAUCGAGAACCACCAGCGGACUCCUCUGAUGCUGAUCGACAGCCAGAGUAACGCCAAGGACGCCACCAAGCUGUGCUUCCCCGCCAGGCCCUAGAUUUGGCCCCUCGGCGCGUGUCCACACCUGCCGCGUUUACCCUGACUAUUGUUUACAGAACUCAUCGUGCGACGCUUCUUCUCUCCUCCGGUGUCCAGAUCCCCGGCCUGCACUGCUGGCCAUGCAGAGCCAAAGUAACACCGACGCAGAUGACUUUUUAAAUCUUCAUUUAUUUCGAUGUUUUUGUUUUUUUCUUAAUGCUCGGUCAGUAAACAGUGUUAAAAUGAAUGCAAGGAAGGAGACAGUGUUGCUGAAGCAGGUAGACAAUUUGUUUAUGACAGCAAUACGUUGCAAGGUUGUAUAUAUUUUUGUUUUAAUAAAAAAUUUAAAAAAAAAAGUAAAUUACUUGUGUUGUAUGACUCCAGCUCACAUCGACAGUCGUCACAAAAAACGCCACCAGGGGCCGACAAACUGGUUAGUUUAUUGCCUGGUCAACAAGUAAUGCUCUCAUGCUCACAUUUUGUUGCAUAACAUCAAUUCCUAGGCACUUGGUGAAAACUCUGCAGUAAUAUUUUACAGUACCUCUAUCUGGACUAUGUACACAAUUAUAAAUCUUUUCAUCCAAAAUGGAAAAAACAUUCACACACACAGUGAAUUACUGAGAAACAAGGACACAUGCACCGUAUUUGUCCAAUGGUCUCUCUCACUCACUC